UAGUUUACCCACCACCGUUCCAUUUCCGUUCUUUGAUCUGUUCGAUUAAUUAUACUCGAAGUAGUUGACGGAGUUAUUUUUCCUCGAAUCCUCUUCUCCCAGCAGGAGCGCGUUUUGAAAGUUCCUAGCUUUGAACGAUUGGGCGGUCGCUUCUUAUUUCAUGGUUCCGGCUCUUGAGAUUGUAAGAUCUUUUGGAGUUUUCAGACAAAAUUGUUGGCAUUUGCUGUCUAGCAGGAGCAUAUAAAACAUUAUCUAGUCAACAUGUCUAGAGUUAGUGCAUCAAAGACUCCUAAUCCCAAGGUGUAUGGGAAGAUCAAUGAAGGAUCUGGCUUUUCAGGCAGAAAGACACCUAAUCCUUUCGACUCUGAUUCCGACACGGAACAAAGCACUACAUCUACAAGGGCUUUGUCUGCUCCUGCGACGAACCAGUCAAAUCACAGAGGUCAACAAUCUAAUUAUAGUGGUUAUAAAGGGAGGGUAACUUCAUCAGCUUCAGAUUCCCCAUUUUCUGCUGGGACUAAUAGGUACAAGAAUGAAAUAAAUGAAUCGAAUGGUUUUGAGAACCAGUCAGUUCAGGAACUGGAGAAGUAUGCUGUACACGAAGCAGAAGAAACCACACAUAAAAUAAAGGCGUCUCUGAAGGUUGCUGAAGAGAUCAGAGAAGUUUCCUCAAAGACUCUUGUGAGUCUUCACCAGCAGGGUGAACAGAUAGCACGAACUCACUCAACUGCAACUAGCAUUGAUCAAGAUCUUAGUAGGGGAGAAAAGCUCCUCGGAAGUUUGGGUGGCCUCUUCUCUAAAACGUGGAAACCGAAGAAAACCCGUGAAAUAAAAGGACCUACACUUUCAAGAGAUGAUUCUUUCAUUAGAAGGGGCAAUCACAUGGAGCAGAGACAAAAACUUGGACUAGAUUCUCCUCGGUCCCGAUCAAAUCCUCGUGAAUUCAGGGAUGAACCUUCAGAUACCUUACAAAGGGUUGAGAUGGAGAAGGCAAAGCAAGAAGAUGCACUUUCAGAUUUGAGCAACGUAUUGGGCGAGCUCAAAUCAAUGGCAUUAGACAUGGGAUCUGAAAUUGAAAGGCAGAAUAAGGCUCUGGAUCACAUGCAAGAUGAUGUACAGGAAUUAAACUACAGAGUGCAAGGAGCAAACGCAAGAACUCGUCGCCUGCUGGGAAGAUAAACAGGAAAUCAUGAAGGCAAAUUUGUAAUUGGUGGUCAAGAACAACUUUUUCAGAACUUACUGUCAUCAAGUUAGUUGUUCAUACUGGAUAAUUGUAAUGAAUUUUUCCUGGGCUGAUAAACAGCAAGUGUUACUGGUAAAUUUGUAGUGGUGAUCACCAUCAAUUUUUUUUCUGAACUCGUUUGUCAAUUCAAGGCACCCUAUACUAGGUAAUUGUAAUGGAUUCUAGCUUGUGAGCUGUUUUAUCACGCAAUAGCUUCUUUUCAUUCAA